AGCUCUCCCCAGCCCUUGUCCUGUGGCACCCCCUUGUGAGCAGUAGAAGAUGAGCACCUCGCCCACCCCUAAGGGCACGCCUGUGCAGCAGAGCUCCAGCGAUGGGGGCCCUAGUGAUGGGGUCCUUGAGGCCCUUGUGUCUCCACAGCACUCUACACCCGGCUCCUCCGGGCACCAACACAAGAAACGCGUCUCCAGUCUCCUGCAGAGCCCGGUGAGUAGCACACUGUGUGUGUGUGUGUGUGUGUGUGUGUGCGUAUGCGUGUUCAUGUGUGUGCAUAUACACAACUUUUCAAGGAGCAGUUUUAAAAGGUCCCUCUUCAGGUUCGCAUUAUGGACAUCCCUUACUCACACUACCCUGACCUCCCCCUCAUCCCAUCGUUCCACCCUUUCAUGUCCACCCUGUGUCCAAUCCCUCUGCCCUCCACUCUCCCUUCCCCCUCAUUAGAUCUCCAAAGAUAUGAUUAUCUCCACAGCUCAGAUUUAAUCUGCUCUGAAUCACCACUUGACAGCUGCGGCUGCAGACGGUAGCCUUUGCCAUAGUGGUGUGUGUGUGUGUGUGUGCAUGUGCCGUGCCUGUGUGCGCGUGUGUGUGUGUGGGAGGGACACAAAAAGGCUAAAGAGGGCUGGAGCAGCGGACAGUGCUAAGGAAUGGCGGGAGGGAAAUGCAUUAGAUGAUGCAAUCAUGUUAGAUGAACAGAGGUGACUCCGGUUUAAAAGCCAUUUAUGUGAACAUUUGAUGUGUCUGUCUGCUCUAGGAACUAUUCUGAUCCGUGCUGUAUUUGUGAGUGUGUUUGGGUGAGUAUUUUAGCACUCAGGCUAAUUGUGUGUAUUUUAGAAGCAUGCAGGCUUAUAGUUGUGUGUGUGUGUGUGUGUGUGUGUGUGUGUGUGUGUGUGUGUGUGUGUGUGUGUGUGUGUGUGUGUGUGUGUGUGUGUGCAGUCGUUCCAUGAGGAGCUGGAUGUUCUGAUCCAGGAACAGAUGAAGAAGGGAGGCAGCAGCUCCAACCUCUGGGCUCUAAGGCAGCUAGCUGACUACAUGGCCUCUCACGGCUCACCUGCCGCCCUGUCCGCCUCCCCCUCCAGUACAGGUACUGUAUAGGUACACACACACAUGCAUGCGCACGCACAUACACACACUCAAACAUACUCACAGACAUACUCAUGUUCAAAUACACGUCACUCAGACAUUGAGCCAAAUAGGGCAAUUUUGCAAUCGAUUUCUAACAUCAAGACACAGACAACUAACUCCCCGAAUCACCUCACCAACAGAUAACAAACACACACACACAAGAUAAUGUUCUGUGAUCUGCUAUUGACUUCUCUCUCUGUGUAGGCAUGAUGAUGGUGACGCCCAUCAAUGACCUACAUGGCUUGGAGCCCAGCAGCAUGGUGAAGGGAGAGAGGCUGAUGCGCUGUAAACUGGCCAGUGUUCACCGCUUGCUGGACCUCUACGGCUGGGCCCAGCUCAGCCACACCUGCCUCACCGUAAGUAGACCUGCCUGGCUGACAACCUCUUUCUGUGAUUCUUUCUCUAUAUCAUUAUUUUACUUUGUUCUUUUAGAGCCCUAUUUUGACAAUGCAAAAAACACUACUGUCAAAAGAGAUGGUUUUAGUACAUCACUACCAUUACAAUGUCCAUUAGGGUAAAAUUGUAUGCAAGUUUUGACAUUUCGGAGCAGAUACUUGACUAUGCAGAUGUGUAACUCAUUUUUAAAGGACAUCAUCUCAGUUUUUACCUUUACUUUCUCUCUCUCUCUCUCUCUCCUCUCUCUCUCUCUCUCUCUCUCUCUCUCUCUCUCUCUCUCUCUCUCUCUCUCUCUCUCUCUCUCUCUCUCUCUCUCUCUCUCUCUGUUUGUUCUAUUUUUUACCUUUGGCCUUAUUCUCUCUCUGUUUGUUUUCUAUCCAUCCCUUUCUUUUCUCUAUCCCUCUUUCUGUUUGUAAAGUUUGGUAUCUGACAGAGCUAUGUGUGUGUUGUCUCCUGUCAGCUGCGUGUCAGUAAGGAACAGGAGCACUUCCUGGUUCUGCCCGAUGGCCUGGCCUAUGGUGAAGUCACUGCCUCUAGCCUGGUGAGUUCACUACUAAUUCUGCUCCACAGUCAUAAAGUGAACCUAUAUACUUGCUGUGGGUUAUUAUGUAAAUAGCCUGAUCCACAUUUGAGUUUAGCUGCUAACAUAAACAAUACUUUUAACUGGCCGAUGCACAUACAGUGGGGAAAAAAGUAUUUAGUCAGCCACCAAUUGUGCAAGUUCUCCCACUUAAAAAGAUGAGAGAGGCCUGUAAUUUUCAUCAUAGGUACACGUCAACUAUGACAGACAAAAUGAGGAAAAAAAAUCCAGAAAAUCACAUUGUAGGAUUUUUAAUGAAUUUAUUUGCAAAUUAUGGUGGAAAAUAAGUAUUUGGUCAAUAAAAAAGGUUUCUCAAUACUUUGUUAUAUACCCUUUGUUGGCAAUGACACAGGUCAAACGUUUUCUGUAAGUCUUCACAAGGUUUUCACACACUGUUGCUGGUAUUUUGGCCCAUUCCACCAUGCAGAUCUCCUCUAGAGCAGUGAUGUUUUGGGGCUGUCGCUGGGCAACACGGACUUUCAACUCCCUCCAAAGAUUUUCUAUGGGGUUGAGAUCUGGAGACUGGCUAGGCCACUCCAGGACCUUGAAAUGCUUCUUACGAAGCCACUCCUUCGUUGCCCGGGCGAUGUGUUUGGGAUCAUUGUCAUGCUGAAAGACCCAGCCACGUUUCAUCUUCAAUGCCCUUGCUGAUGGAAGGAGGUUUUCACUCAAAAUCUCACGAUACAUGGCCCCAUUCAUUCUUUCCUUUACACGGAUCAGUCAUCCUGGUCCCUUUGCAGAAAAACAGCCCCAAAGCAUGAUGUUUCCACCCCCAUGCUUCACAGUAGGUAUGGUGUUCUUUGGAUGCAACUCAGCAUUCUUUGUCCUCCAAACACGACGAGUUGAGUUUUUACCAAAAAGUUCUAUUUUGGUUUCAUCUGACCAUAUGACAUUCUCCCAAUCCUCUUCUGGAUCAUCCAAAUGCACUCUAGCAAACUUCAGACGGGCCUGGACAUGUACUGGCUUAAGCAGGGGGACACGUCUGGCACUGCAGGAUUUGAGUCCCUGGCGGCGUAGUGUGUUACUGAUGGUAGGCUUUGUUACUUUGGUCCCAGCUCUCUGCAGGUCAUUUACUAGGUCCCCCCGUGUGGUUCUGGGAUUUUUGCUCACCGUUCUUGUGAUCAUCUUGACCCCACAGGGUGAGAUCUUGCGUGGAGCCCCAGAUCGAGGGAGAUUAUCAGUGGUCUUGUAUGUCUUCCAUUUCCUAAUAAUUGCUCCCACAGUUGAUUUCUUCAAACCAAGCUGCUUACCUAUUGCAGAUUCAGUCUUCCCAGCCUGGUGCAGGUCUACAAUUUUGUUUCUGGUGUCCUUUGACAGCUCUUUGGUCUUGGCCAUAGUGGAGUUUGGAGUGUGACUGUUUGAGGUUGUGGACAGGUGUCUUUUAUACUGAUAACAAGUUCAAACAGGUGCCAUUAAUACAGGUAACGAGUGGAGGACAGAGGAGCCUCUUAAAGAAGAAGUUACAGGUCUGUGAGAGCCAGAAAUCUUGCUUGUUUGUAGGUGACCAAAUACUUAUUUUCCACCAUAAUUUGCAAAUAAAUUCAUUAAAAAUCCUACAAUGUGAUUUUCUGGAUUUUUUUCCUCAAUUUGUCUGUCAUAGUUGACGUGUACCUGUCAAGGGCUGAGGUUAAUGUGGUGUGGGAGUCAGGCGCAGGACACCGAAGCUUAGUCCAACAAAGUUUACUAGUGCAACACAAGGCAAAAUACAAUCAACGGCCUCAACAUAAAACAGAGGCGAGCGAUUACGCAAACUGUGCGUAAACUACAAAACAACAAACAGAGAAAACACGCAGCACUAACGGACAGGCGAAUAACAACACACAAACUAACCAACACAAGACAGGCAACUUAUAGGACACAUAAUCAGACACAAACGGACACAGGUGCAAUAGACAGACAAAAGCAAUCAAACAUCGAAACAUCUAACGGUGGCAGCUAGUACUCCGGGGACGGCGAAAGCCGAAGCCUGCCCGAGCAAGGAGGAGGAGCAGCCUCGGCAGAAUCCGUGACAGUACCUAUGAUGAAAAUUACAGGCCUCUCUCAUCUUUUUAAGUGGGAGAACUUGCACAAUUGGUGGCUGACUAAAUAAUUUUUCCCCCCACUGUAAGUACUAAUUAUUCAGUCAACUAACUGAUGCUUAGUUUAACUUGCCCCUGUUAUUACAGAACUCCUUCAAGAAGGGCUUAACUUAGUUAAACAUUGUAAUAAACAAUACGCUUUGCAAUAAGCAUUACACAAAUAUAAAUGAAUGUGACACUGAGUGCUGAUGCUAGUGUUGCUCUGCGUUGUUGUCCUCCCAGGCGAAGGUGAAUAUCCUGGGGGAGGUGGUAGAGAGGGGCAGCACCACCCUGGGGGUAGACCUGGAUUCCUUCAGCCUCCACUCAGCCAUCUACUCCACCCGGCCAGACGUACGCUGUCUGGUGCACCUCCACACCCCUGCCACCGCCGCCGUGAGUCACACAUACACUGGGGCUGGGGCCUGGGGGACAGGGCACACUCAGAACUAUCAUUAUUAACAUCUUUUCACAUAGUCUCAAAUGUUUUAGGACUAGGGAGCACUAGAGAUGAUACUUUUUAGGAUAAGAUGUAGGCAUUAUUCACAUUUAAUGAUGACCAGUGUUGAAAAAACCUGUCUAAUCCUUCAUUCCAGAAUGUGACUUAUAGUUGUCUCUGUGUGCAGGUGUCCGCCAUGAAGUGUGGCCUCCUGCCACUGUCCCAUGAGGCUCUGCUGGUGGGUGAGGUGGCGUAUUAUGACUACAAUGGGCUGAUGGAGAACGAGGAGGACAGGGUGGAGCUCCAGAAGAGCCUCGGGCCCACCUGCAAGGUGACAACAUUACGGCAGAGCAAGGGUUGUAAAUGUCCUGAUACUGCUAAUUUGCUGCUUGAGAAAGAGCAACAAUUUGUUUUCCCAUAAAUAGGGAAAACAUUAGUUACUUUUACUCAAUAUAUUUGUAAAACAAUAACAAUUGCAAUGACAUGGCCGAAGAAAGAGGAGGAAAUGAGAGAUAAUGAACAAAAAUCCCCACCGAGUGUACUCUGAGGCAAAAGAGGGUUUUACUAUGUUUUUUCUCUUGCUGAAGUCUAUCUUUAUUCCUAGGUGCUGUUGCUUCGAAACCAUGGCAUCGUGGCCCUGGGGGAGUCAGUGGAGGAGGCUUUCUACACCAUCUACCACAUCCAGGCUGCCUGUCAGAUCCAGGUACAGAGACACACAUACUGACAUCGCUUCUGCCUGCUCCCUCCUGCCAAAGGCUUGAGGCACAACUCUGACAGCCACACUGAGAGAGAAAGGGAGGACUCCCAGACUCAUAGCUCAGUGACUGUGUGUGCGUGAGAGAGAAAGGGAGAGGGAGAGGGAGAGAGAGGGAGGGAGUGAGAGAGAGAGAGAACUGCCAGACUCAUAGCUCAAUGUCUGUGUAUGUGUGUGUAUGAGAGAGAGAGAGAGUGAGAGCUUUGGCAGCUUCACUCCUGAAUGCUUGUCCUUGCCUUAGUACCCUAGACUUCCUGACGGGCCGCCCCCAGGUGUUAAGGGUAGGUAACAACACAUCCGCCACGCUGAUCCUCAACACGGGGGCCCCUCAGGGGUGCGUGCUCAGUCCCCUCCUGUACUCCCUGUUCACUCAUGACUGAACUGCAUGGCCAGGCACGACUCCAACACCAUCAUUAAGUUUGCCGAUGACACAACAGUGGUAGGCCUGAUCACCGACAACGAUGAGACAGCCUAUAGGGAGGAGGUCAGAGACCUAGCCGUGUGGUACCAGGACAAAAACCUCUCCCUCAACGUGAUCAAGACAAAGGAGAUGAUUGUGGACUACAGAAAAAAGAAGAGGACCGAGCACGCCCCCAUUCUUAUCGACGGGGCUGUAGUGGAGCAGGUUGAGAGCUUCAAGUUCCUUGGUGUCCACAUCACCAACAAAUGAACAUGGUCCAAGUACACCAAGACAGUCGUGAAGAGGGCAUGACAAAACCUCUUCCCCCUAAGGAGACUGAAAAGAUUUAGCAUGGGUCCUCAGAUCCUCAAAACGUUCUACAACUGCAUCAUCGAGAGCAUCCUGACUGGUUGCAUCACUGCCCGGUAUGGCAACUGCUCGGCCUCCAACCGCAAGGCACUACAGAGGGUAGUGCGUACGGCCCAGUACAUCACUGGGGCCAAGCUUCCUGCCAUCCAGGACCUCGAUACCAGGCGGUGUCAGAGGAAGGCCCUAAAGAUUGUCAAAGACCCCAGCCACCCUAGUCAUAGACUGUUCUCUCUGCUACCGCACGGCAAGCGGUACCGGAGCGCCAAAUCUAGGUCCAAGAGGCUUCUAAACAGCUUCUACCACCAAGCCAUAAGACUCCUGAACAUCUAAUCAAAUGGUUACCCAGACUAUUUGCAUUGUCCCCCCCCCCCCCUUACGCUGCUGCUACUCUCUGUUUAUUAUCUAUGCAUAGUCACUUUAAUAACUCUACCUACAUGUACAUAUUACCUCAAUUACCUCGACUAACCGGUGCCCCCGCACAUUGACUCGGUAUCGGUACCCCCUUUAUAUAGCCUCGCUAUUGUUAUUUUACUGCUGCUCUUUAAUUAUUUGUUACUUUUAUUUCUUAUUAUCUUUUUAUUUAAUGUUUUUGGGGUAUUUUUGGGGGGGUAUUCUUUCUUAAAAUUGCAUUGUUGGAUAAGGGCUUGUAAGUAAGCAUUUCACUGUAAGGUCUAUACCUGUUUAUUCGGCGCAUGUGACAAAUACAAUUUGAUUUGAUUUGAUUUUUGUAUGUGCAGUACUGUAACUGUACGCUGCCAAACACAAAGCAUAACACACUGCUGCAAUCCUGUGUUGUGCUGACAGGUGUCAGCAUUGUGCAGUGCUGGAGGAGAGCAGAACCUGAUCAUGUUGGACCGCUCCACCCAUAAACCCAACGCUGCAGGCACCGUGGGCUGGGCCGGAUCCACCUUCGGCCCCCUGACCAAGAGUCGACUCGGGGAGCACGAGUUUGAGGCUCUCAUGAGGACUCUGGACAACCUGGUGAGAUCAAAACACAGAAGCACAUUUACAAUACUACAACUAUUCUCAAUUUAGUGGAAUUAUUCAAUGUAGAGUACUGAUUUACAAUGCUAUAAGCAUUGUCAAUUUAGUGGAAUGGGGAAAGUAAUUACGAAUAGGGUAGGUAAAAUGUUGUUUAUGACAUGCACUGGUCUGGAUCUUAUCAAACAGAUCACUUGUGUCCCCCUGCACUAAUGCAUUAACAUCCACCAUACACAAUACUGGAUAAACAGUACUUAGAAUAUGCAGAAACUAAGAGGGACCCAGGCACAGGUCUUACCUACUUUAACCCUCCAGGAUGUGGAUCAUAUGGAUCACUUUUACCUUUGGACAUUGGACAUUUACAAUACAUCAAUCAGACAGAAACUUGACUAUAAACCUCCCUGUCCCCACCCUCCAGGGUUACCGUACCGGCUACGCCUACCGCUUCCCCGUGCUACUGGAGCGUUCACGGACACGGAGGGAGGUGGAGGUCCCCGCCACAGUCCACUCCUUCCAGUUUGAGGAGGAGGGGGUGCACCCAUUACCCCGCCAGCACCCCUACGCCCAGCGGCAGCAGCAGGAGAAGACCCGCUGGCUCAACACCCCCAACUCCUACCUGAGGGUGAACCAAGACCAAGCCAGCCCCGGACACCAGCGCACCACAGUAAGUACCUGAGGGCAAGCCCUGGACACCAGCGCAUCACAGUAAGUACCUGAGGGCAAGCCCUGGACACCAGCGCACCACAGUAAGUGCCUGAGGGCAAGCCCUGGACAACAGUGCACCACAGUAAGUACCUGAGGGCAAGCCAUAGACACCAGCGCACCACAGUAAGUACCUGAGGGCAAGCCCUGGACACCAGCGCACCACAGUAAGUACCUGAGGGCAAGCCAUGGACACCAGCGCACCACAGUAAGUACCUGAGGGCCAGCCCCGGACACCAGCGCACCACAGUAAGUACCUGAGGGCCAGCCCCAGACACCAGCGCACCACAGUAAGUACCUGAGGGCCAGCCCCAGACACCAGCGCACCACAGUAAGUACCUGAGGGCCAGCCCCGGACACCAGCGCAACACAGUAAGUACCUGAGGGCAAUGUUCCCUCCUAAGCUGCGCGCGUGCCCGCAGUAGCCUGAGACUGCCAUGCAGCUCCCCCGGGACUGCUGAGCAGAAAUAUCAGCCCACAGAGAGAAGCACAAGAUUGAACUUCACUCAACUUUCUAGAGCAGUGUUCACCAAGGCAUUCCUAGUCGAUCGCCAAACAUUUAUGUAAAACACCCAACGAUAAAGCCUUGAGUUCCUAUUAUUUUAUUCUUCUUCUCGGGCUGUUGGCGGUAGGUGCACCCUAUUCAUCUGCCCUGUGCGCCGGGUAGGCAAACUGUUGCCAUUUUUAACCAUUUCAUAUAUCUGAAGGUACAAACUCUACCUUCCCAGCGGGCCCAGAGAGCAAAUCAAGUGCACAUUGGCCUACUGCUGGCCAAUCAGAUGGCUCAUAUUACUGUGUCUGCAGUAAUGUCGCAGCCAUAAGAAAUCUACAGCAAAGUUGAUACUGUGAGAUUUCAAAACGUUUAAAACCAUGACUAGAGAGAGACUGUCAACGAAUACAGCAAAGAGCUGCUGUUUUUAUGAGUGAGUUCAUGUUUAAGUUCUUACUCAGCACUGUCAACACUUUGUAUUCAACACUUUAUUAAGCCAUAAAAUGCGCAUUCUUCCUAUUUCCACUCAGCGCUACAACAAGCACUGCAGCAGUAAUGAAUGAGUAGGAAAGUGUAUCUAUAGGAUUGCAAUGUUGUUAUAAUUAGCGGUUUGGGUCUUUUUUUUAUGUCGAGGAAUAUUUCACUUUCUCUGUUCAUAGGAAUAACAAUAUGAAUUUGCGCAUGAGGCAGAAAUAUUGCGGUGCAACUGAAGUUUCAUCAUCAGCUGGAAGACGGUGUCCCUUUUUGGUCAGUGUCAGUGGAGGAAAAGGAGAGCGGAGGGAUGUUGAGAGGUGGACCCUCUGUCUGCUGCUCUCUCCCUCCGCUGAGACUGACCAUCAGAUGCAGGCACCAUCAGCCCAGUAAAAUAGAAAUAAAAAGCAAAUUAUUUAAAUGUCUGCUCACUCAGCUGUGCCUCACAAGUAAUACAACAACGGAUCUAUCACCGGUGGGAUCAUAUAGCAUGCCUCAAAUUUUGAAAUAUGAUUUUAAAAAAUGGCCUGAACAACAAUGCAUUGGCAGAGCAAUUCAAGCAAAGCCAAAAUGCUGUGAUAAUGUAUUGGGCCUAUAGCUUACUGCACAAACCUCAUUGCUACAGUACAGUUUUUUUAUUGGUUAAGCAUAGGCUUAUGUUUUUUAAGUCAUGUAUAAAAAAUACAUCUGAGCAGUAGAUCUCGGCUUGCAUUUUGACUCAGAAAUUGAUUGACUCAGAAAAGGUUGGUGACCACUUCUAGAGUUUUCCCUGUUAACACUAUCAACGUUUCCCUUUACUGUGGCAAUUGUGAUCGAAUCAACGCAAUAUUAGUCACUUUCAAUGCAACAUACCGAAACAAAACAAACUAUGCAAGAGAUUUUGUGUGCUUGAAAAGGCGUUUAAAACAGGCUGUUUGCUGUAGUACCUCAGGGAGAGAGAUUGUUACAGAGGAAUGGAGUCCUUUCAGACAGAACAAUACAAGGCAGACAGAGACCCUCUUACAUCAGGCAGGGGGAGGAGACUAGCUCUCGCUCUCUCUCCUGUACCUCCCACCCUCUCUUUCUCCUGUCCUCUGCAUUGCAGGGGAGUGCCCAGUACUGGUGUCGAUUACUGCAGUGCUGAGUCUGCCCUCUGGUGGUGGAAAAGAAAGGCACUGCAGUGGUGUUUCUCUGUCUGAGAACACACGUGAUAAUAAUAACACUGCACUCAGAAUGACAACAACACUGUGUAACACACUGGUUUAAAAUAAUGGUUAUUGUUGUAUCUUGAUUUCAGUUAAACAUGCUUUCAGAGUCAAAUGACCAUGGUGCAAAUAUUCUUUACUGGAUUCAAUAGAAUAUCAGGAGGAUGUCAUCCGAGAAAGGCAUAUUGCCCAGCCCAAUGCCUUUCUCUCUCUCUCUCACGCUCUCUCAUAUAUAAGAUCAACUUUGUCCCCAAAAAAUGUAAUUGAAAGCACAAACGUGUUGAUGGGGAAAAAGCAUUUCAAGCAAUGUUUAUGGGAUGUUUAUGGGAUGGGUCAUGCAGCAGAACUCCUGACCCUUAAUACUCCUCUCUCCUUCCUCAGUGGCUGAAGACAGAGGAGAUGCAACAAGGAGCCAUCAAGAUUGAGAACUCAAAUCAGUUUGUUCCUCUUUUUACCAACCCUCAAGAGGUGCUGGAAACACGAAAUAAGGUACCUUUGCCUUACGGCUCCCAGUGAGCAAUGAUGUCACCGUAUGGAUGUACUACAGGGAUCACAUGGUUUGGUGUUGGGUUUUCAGCCUUUCAGGUUGUUGUUGUUUAUCUCCAGAUCCGGCAGCAGAACCGUCAGGACAUGAAGACAGCAGGACCCCAGUCCCAAGUACUAGCUGGUGUCAUAACGGAUGGUAGUCUACCGGUAAGGCUCAAGUACUAGGCCUACAGUGAUGUGGCUACUAGUGCUGGAGUAUGUGUGAAUGCUUGCUUUUUACAUUUUCAUUUGAUGUGCUGUAUUUCUGUCUUUGAUGUUAAACUGAGACCCUAUGGUCUUGUCGCAAGAGAUGGAUUGUUUACCCUGUUGUCCUGGUUAAAUACGAUUCCUAACCCAGCUGCAGAGCUACUUUGGCCACCUAACCAUCCCCACUAAUCAUCCUCUUUCCCCUGCUUCUCAUUGUAUCAUCCAUUCAUUCAUUCAACCCCUCAUCUUCCACCCUGCUACUCUUCCCCAGGUCCAGCAAAAACUGCAUGUUGCUGUAAAAAAGAGUGUGCUCUCAGUCAACAAUAACAACAAAGUAAAGGUAAACAAAUAAAUAACAUAGUCAGAGAGAGAGAGACGGCAUCAUGAACCAUGAAGACGAUUAAACCAAUGAGCUCUUCUUAGAGCAAACACAAAGAAGAUGGGAACUUUACUGGGAAUGAGUCAUUUGAGUGUGACAUUGAAAUGAGAUGGGAAGCCUCUUGGGUCGACAAUGACUAUCAAAACCAAAACAAUUGUAACAUCCUUCCCUUCUCCUUUUCACCCUAGUCUCCAGACCCGGCAGAACUUGCGAAACCUGAGCCAGAGACCCCCAACCCGUUUAACCAGCUGACAGACAAGGAGCUGGAUGAGUACCGCAAGGAGGUGCAGAGGAAAGCAGAAGGUCAAACAGAUGGUAAGUGCACUGCUACCAAAAGCUAUCCCUCACACUAAAUCGAGAGCUUGGGACUAUAAGGUUCUAUCUGCAUUUUUGAAAACAAUAUAUGUUAUUAUAUAGUACUCUAAAUAUCCCAAUUCAUGUUGUUAAGUUCAAAAGUAUACAAGAUCAAAAAAUUGCUACACCAUUCAAACCAAUGAGGGUUUGGAACUUUAAAGCCAAUUAUCUCAGAAUCAUCUUUUUGCAGAUAGAACCUAAUAUCCCAAGCUCUAGAAAUGUUCCCUUACACUAUCCCUCACUCAAAAUGUGUCUCGCUGUUGCCUGACGACUCAAACAAAUUAUUCCGCUGCUCUAUGUUCGCUACAUACUUCAGUCUGAGACUGUCAUCGUUGAAGUCGUUUGUGGUGACGUUAAAAUGAGGGGUGUUGUACAAAAAGUAAUCAGCGAUUGGUUCAUCUCUAACCAAUCAGAGUAUUAAAGCCAAUGACACAUUUUCUAAACGCCACUUUACCCACGUGUGUUAUGGCUCUGGCCCAAACCAUCGGUUCCUGGGACCAAUCAGAACGGUUAGAAUGUGUUUGCCUUCUAUAAAUAUUUUGGGAGGUACUCAGAUCCAGACUCAUUGCGGAGAAGAAACUAACGUCUGUGGGCGUGGCGUAGCAUUUGGCCGGAGCAAGGAGUUUGGGUAGCCAGGCAAGGCUCGCUAUACUCACAGCAAUGAAACCUCAGACUGUACAGUUAAUGUGUCUUUCUUUCACCUAUUCCUAAUUCACUUCUCACUCUGCCUCACAACUCUUGCACGCGGCUUACUAGAAUUAGCUCUAUGUACUGUUCUCCUGUGUCUGUCUGUCUGUCUUUCUGUGCGUCAGUAGGGGAGGAGGUGGAGAAUGAGAAGGAGUCUCCCCCAACUACCCCCCCACCAACAACCCUACCCCCUGCAAUCCCCCACCCUCAGGUGAGACUCGGCCUGCAGUGCUGAACACACACAGCUGUCGCUGCUUGCCUUGCAUACAGGGGAGAAGGACUGCUCAAAUUCCUACAUGACAAUAUGUGGGACCCUGUACUGUUGUCUCCACUCUGUGCCUCUUCAACUGCUCAUUGCCAACCCCUGUUGCGCUCACCAUCGUUGAAUAUUUCCCAAAAUAUUUCAAUCCUAACUUGAGAUAUGUAACAUGGACGUUCACAUUAAACAUGCAUUGAUAUCAAUGUAUGGAGUUACGUGCAUGGAUCUCAAUUAGUAGACUAUUGUACAAUAAGCUCAAUGGCUGAGUGAUGUGUGUGUGGUGGUGUUUGUUGUUGUUGUAAAUGUCACAUUUCAGUGCCGUCUUGUGACGCCCAUCUGUCUUCACAACUACUGUAUGUACCUCUCUCCUUCUGUCUCUGUGUUUGUCUUUGUCUAUGUUCCUCUAUACUGACUCAUAGGGCACCCCUCUGGUACUAAGAUCUUGUCUCAAUAGUAAGUAAGUACUGAGAAACAAACUCUAAGACAUUGUUGCACUCUCAUUAACCAAGCAUGUUCUGUUGGGCACAACUGCAAUGACAUGACAUGUCUGCAGUGAAGGGGAGAGUGGGGUAAGUUGAGCCAAAAGGGUAAGUUGAGCCACCCUUGUUUCUAGGAAACCAUACCCCAAAAAGAAUUUGACCAAAUAUUUAGAAAGAGGUCAUCAUUUCAUGGAGUCUGUGAAGGAAGCAACCACAUGGGAAAAGUGGUAAGCAAUUUAGGUCUAAAAAAGUCUAAUGAAUUUAAUGUGUUAGAAGUUUUAUGAUACUUGCAUCUAAACUAAAGUAGAUCAUUUUAAGAUUCUUAUAUGUUCAGUUGGGGUCUCUAUAAGCUUCAAUAUGAGGUCCUAAACAUGUCCUAGCAUGAAAGUGCAUUCUUGUAGCUGUGUGGGCUAAUAUAGUCAAAAUGUUUGCCUUGGGUUUAGUUGAGCCAAUGGGCAUGGGGUAAGCAAAUGUAAGUGUUUUCUUCCCAGGCGUAAUGCAAGGCAUUAUCACUGGGAUAUGAGGUAACAACAGGGCCUGGCCUAUGUUAAAAGUGUUUUCAAAAAGUACCAAGUGUUUAUUAUGUGUUAAGCCUGUGUUAAAAUAUGCUUACAAUUAUUAAAAGACAAAAGUGAUUGUGAUUGUGUUGAAUUGUGUUUGGGAAAUAAAGAUAAAGAGUUUUAAAAAGGUAGUGGUAAUAUUUCAGUCAGUACAGAAAUGUGUAGGCGGCUUAACUUACCCUGUCCUGCGGCUCAACUUACCCCAUACCCGUAUCACCUUUUUUGGGGCAAGCUAUGUUUUUACAUGAAUUCUGAUUAUUUCCAGGGAUACACAACAUCCUGAAAUAUAUGUAUAUAUCUUUGUUAGAAAGAAUACUAUUAUUUCCCUUAACAGAGUGAUGCUGAAUGUAAAAAAUGGUUCCACUUACCCAUAGCCGCAGGAAGAUGUUUUGUCGCAUGCACUACAGACGGAGAUAUCGAUGGUGGGGGGGGGGUUGUAUCUUUUUUAGGGGGUGCUGCAGCACACCUACUUCCCGCAUACUAUGGACUUACCCCACUCUCCCCUACUUUUCCAUGCAGCUAACACAAACAAAUCAAUUUUGUCUGAUUGUGUUUUUUGUUCUUUUUUUUUUUUUACUCCAAUAAUAAAUGAACAAGAUGAGACAAAGAAAGACUCCACGGCAGUUCAGAACGGGAAAGGAGAGGAGGAGAAGCAGACCACGGAGGAGCUGGAGAAAGGGAUGAAGGCUUUGUCUACCAAUGACACUUCUACACCCCCCUCCACCACCCCUGCUGCCCCACCCGCUAAACCGCCCAGCAACACCCCUGAGGGAUCCCCCUCCAAGUCCCCCUCGAAGAAGAAAAAGAAGUUCAAGGCCCCCUCAUUCCUAAAGAAGAGCAAGAAGAAAGAGAAAGCUGAAACUUGAGGGGACAUGUAAAAGAUUCUGACACACACCCUCCACUUCUCACUCACACUCAAGUCUCCUGUAUGUAUAGCUCAGUCACUCAUCACGUCUAGAAGUAAUUCUAAUUCUAUGUUUUAUUUGGCGAUAUUGUUUCUGUACAACUCUCAAAUGAUCUUGAAACAAUCCACAAUAAUUCAAAAUGAAAUAGAAUCAACAACACCACCUUAAUGAUGCACUCCCUAUUUAUUAUAAGAAGGAAUGCACUUGACACAAUAUGAUUAUAAACCAAUGCUGCAUUGAAGCAUCCUCAUAGGUACCCCCUGGUCUGGUCAUGUUUAUUAGUUUUUAAUAGUCAGAUGAAGGUGACAGGUAUGUACAGUAAUGCGAGCACAGGUGCAGUACAUCUAGAAUUAUGCAGGUAUAAUAAUGUGCUAUUUUUAGCAGAAGUCUUGUUCCAAUUAAACUAACUAUUCAAGUCAUAGACAGCAGGGACAAAUAAGGAAAUAAAUGCUUAAAAAAGAAAGUCCCGAACAUUAAGCUGACAGCUAUAAAUGCCACUAAUACCAAGCAAGGAUAUGAUCUAAGCAUUAUGGAAGAAACUUGUUGCUUGAUGUUGCAAACUGAAGCCAAACUAAAAGGCACUAAACAUUCCACUUUUCACCAAAUGUUUCUUUGAAAUAUGUGUACAAAAUGCCUCUACAGCUGUAAUUAUUUUUAUGAUCAGUAGCUGUUAUCAAAAUGCUGAUGUGUGAUAUUUGUUGGUUUUUAAUGUAUUAUUUCAUAUUAGAAUGUAAAGUGAAAAGUUGCAAGGUUAAAAUGUACCAGUCAUUAAAGAUCAAAGUUGAUUUCAAUCCA